CAACAGCAAUAUGCGACUUUUUGACUGGCAUUUACUCCUUUGGUAUGGCUUUCGGGCAAGGAUAUGACAUCCAGGAGUUCAAGGUCUGGCAGGACAUCUACUGUUCUUACUUCAGAUUCCUGUUUAUCUUGGCAGAAGUUAAUGGAGGACUGACGUCACUGUUGAUGACGAUUGAACGAUAUGUUGCCAUCGUUUUCUGUAUGAAACCUGACAUAAGGCUAAGGUACAAAGCUAUACGAAUAACACUCCCGCUGAUUUGGAUUGCAGGUGUGACAGCAGCAACUUUAGCGCAAAUACUUGACUUAAGGCACGACGUGAAACCCGGGAAAAUGUGUCUCUUCUACAGAAACUCCGACAAAGUAUCCUCCUUUUUUAUUAACGAGAUAGUGAUGCUGUUUCUAGUAUUUAUCUAUCUUCUCGUCGUCUUUUUUUAUCUACAUAUUUUUAUAGUUGUGCGAAGAUCUGCGCGCAAGGCAGGAGCGCGUAGAGAAUCGCAGUUAGCCAAGCGAAUCUGUUUGAUUGUUCUUUCAAGUUUCGUGUUUUUCGCCGCGCCUAAUUUUACACUGGCGUGGUUUAUCAUAAAUGGAGGAGCCGUUUUUGAAGAUGGGAGAAUGAAUCGAACUCUGUUAUGGUGGCUGCCUCCUGUAUGUUUGGUGGUCAAUGCUUGUCUUAACCCUUUAAUAUUCGCGUUUAAAAAUGACAAGUUCACCAGUUCUCUUAAGACCAUAGCAAGCCGCCCUCUCAGAGGGCUUUUAAUGAGUAAUAAAAAGAACAGGAAUUGUAAGCCAUUUACAUUAGAGUCGCCAGCUGUCGCUCAAGGAAGCCAUAAUCAAGGAAUGGCUUCUAGUCUGAAACUCGUUGCUGAAGUAACAACGACAGCUUUGCCUAAAUAUCAGGAAAAAGAGUAAGAGUGAGGUAGAAUCAAAGGUAGAAUCAAAUGACGAAUAAAAGAAAACCGA